AUGGGUGCAACACCUACAUUACUGUUGGAAGGUUUAUGUGAUUAUGCGGAGACUAAUGAUUUGAAACAAUUGACAUCACAUCAUUUACAUUUGGAAGGAACAACUAAAUGGACUCAACCUAAUUUCAAAGAUCGCAUUCGAUCAAAUUCUUUAUUUACUGGCUCAAAUUUAAGGGAAGCAGUUAAUGAAGGUCUAGCCGAUUUCAUUUCAGUGUUUCUACAUGAAGUGCCUUUGCUUUUCCGAAGUGGAGCAGUUAAACUCAACACUGUUUUGCUAACCGUAAUAUCUCCGCCAGAUGAUUCUGGCUACUGUACCUUAGUACCAAUAUUAAACUCUCUGUCAAUUAUUUUAAUUUCAGCAAUAUCAAAUAAAAACAUGCCACGCACAUUUGGUGAUUCAAUUAUUCAUCAUAAUGAUAUUGAUAUUGUUAUUGAAAUGGAUUAUUCUUUAUAUAAAAGAAAAAAUACAGAAGCCGGAUCACUUCAAGAAAAAAAAAUUGGUGAAAUUAUCGCAAGUAAUCUUGUAGACAAUGGCGCUACAUUACAGACUGGCAUUGGCGCAAUUUCGGAUGCUACUUUAGCUUCUUUAGUUAAUCAUAAAGAUCUCGGGAUAAAGACACCGAAAUGCUUUCAGAUGGAACCAUAUUUCCAGGAAAAGUUAGUUAUUGUGACUUCAUUCAUUUACGGUUCUGACAAACUUUAUCACUUCGUGGAUGGCAAUCUCGAUAUAUUAUGCGGUGAUGAGGCUUGGGUAAACGACCCAAUAACAAUACGGAUGAUGCCGAAAAUGACCGCUAUCAAUUCGGCUGUUGAAAUUGAUUUAAUUGCCAAGGUAAUAAGGAUGUUUCCUAUAAUUGCAAUUACAUCCACAAUUAGAAAAGGUCAAAGCAAGAUCGUACCAUACAUUAAUGAAGGAGCAGGAGUUGUGACAUCACGAGCUCACGUACAUUACGUGGUCACUGAAUACGGUAUAGCUCAAUUAUGGGGUAAAAAUAUGCGACAACGGGCAUAUGAACUGAUAAGGAUUUCACAUCCAAGUCAACGGGAGAAACUGGAAAAAGCAGCGUUCGAAAGAAUGAAAGUAAUGCCAUCAUUGGAUUAA